UGUCAUUUAAACUUGGACAUGUAAUAAUAUCCAUGUACUUGUACUUGCACUAGUACUUUUACUCCUACAUUGUUUUAAAUAAACUUAUUAGAGAUACAAUUGAACAAUGUUCAACAUACUUACAUUGUGUCUGGUGUGUACGAGUCUAGUGCUGGGUAAUCCUGCUGGCAAGCAAGGAAAAGAAUCUCGCAAGGCUCGUGAAUAUGUCGAGAGCUACGAUCACGGAAAUCACGGCGGAUACGCUUUUUUGGCUGACUUGUCAAGUGCCAAGCUCGGUAAAUUCGACAGCUACUCUGCUCCAUCUCACCCAACUCACUACAAGACAGGAUUCAGCGUUGGUGGAGGUCUAGUUUCCAUUGCACGUGGUGCUGCAGACCAAGCAAGGACUCAAGUCGCAAGCCAGCACUCAGCUGCUGGUCAAGCUGCAUACACUGCCAAGAACACAUUGGCUCAAGCAGCAGCCCAAUCAGCUGCAACUGCAGCCGCUGCACUUGCUGGAAAACAAAUACUUCUUUCAGGUCUUGAGCAGCAAUCUCGUGACGCUCAUGUUGCAGUUGAUGGUGAAAAGAUGCAACUUCAACAGGCAGCGAGAGCUGCAGCUGCUGCUAGAAAUGCUGCUCAGCAAGCUAUGCAUCAAGUUCAGGUAGCUACUACUGCUUUGAAUGCUGCUCAAGCUACAUCAGAUCAUGCUGCUCAAGCUGCCGCUGAAGCAGCUGCUGAACUUGCUGCUCAAACUAGUAUGGUUGGUCAGGCUAAAGCACGUGCCCAAACUAUCGACGAACAACUCGCAGCAGCACGUCUUGACUUCCUCGCAACUCAAUCUGCAUCAGACAAAGCUGCCGCUGCCGCUCAAUUGGCACAAAAUAACGCCGCUGCAGCUGCAGCACAUGCCGCUGAGAGUGCUGCUGCUCUUGCUCCAUUACCUUCUGUUGCUGAAGAAGAAGAUCACCACCACAACGAUCAUUAUGACGCCCACCAUGAUGCUCACCAUGAUGGUCAUCACGACGCUUCUUUCCUCGUUGAACAGCACCAACCAGAACCAGCUCAUGGUCCAGUCCAUGGACAAGUCCACGGUGUCGCUCAUUUACAACCAGCUCAUUACGCUGGCGAUCACCAUGAUGACUCUUAUGUCCUUCACAAAAAUGCUCUCCAUGCCCAACACGGUGGUCCAUCUUACGCUGACUACGACUACAAAGGAUAUAAUUACUAAAUGUUCAAUAAGUAAUACCAUGUAAAAUUUAUUUGUACAGAUUUGAUACU